GGCAAUAGAUUAUACAAAGCUUCGAAGGUGUUUCUCCUCGAGGUCUGCGACCGUUCACUUUAUCGUUGUGCUGCUCCCAGCCCUAGUCUGAAAACUUUGCCGCUUGUGAUCCAACAAGAGAGACAAUGCGCUGCCUAGUGCUCUUCGCUUUGGCCACCAUGGCCUUGGCACAACAACCUGCCCGUCCGAAAAUUGGAUCCACAUUCGAGGCAAUGGCAAUGGUCCGUAUCCACGGUCGUGAAGGUGACGUGAAUGGAACUGGUCGUUGGUACAGCGACGCCACACAUAUGAGGGAACUGGAAACUAGCGAACUGGACAAAGGAAAAUUCCGCUCGUACCGACUGGCUCGCUUUGAUUUGAAAAAGGAGUACUUGAUCAUGGGAAACAGCACUGACUGUGAAGAGCAUCCUCUUGGUGAAUUCCACGCUCCGUUUGGCUGGCUCGAGGACGCUCACUACGAAGGAGAGCAUAGCACUCCCGCUGGUGUCAAGGUUCAAGUUUGGGCUGCAAGGCACGACGAGUUCUCAUUCAUUCUCGGAGUGAAGCCGGAGACGCCCGACGUUCCAUACGUCUUUGAGCGUGAGGAGGGCAAGACUGUCAUUGGUUAUGAGUUCACAUCUUUCAAGGCCGUUGACCCACCGGCAACAUCCUUCAACGUUCCACCUGAGUGCACCAAGCGCCAGUAACAUGUGUCACUAUCUAUCAGUGUAUCUUUCUGUAUAGGUGAAUGUCUUUUUGCUUAGUUUUUUUUUCGUGGUGUCCUCCUGUCACGGCUGGAUGUUUAGUCUUAUUCAUUGUCUCUCUCUUCCCUGUCUGGAUGUUCACGUUGUCUUAACACAUGAUGUGACUGCUAGUACAAUAAUAAUCAUGUGACUUCAAGCUGGUCUUGUUUUACAUUGGCGUGCGUGAAGAAGAACUUUGAACAUGGA